UUCUCAUUGUCAUUGGUGCAGUUUACAAUGAAACUCCUGUGGUCUCUGCUCGUCCUGCUGUCCUUUAGUCUACUGUCUUCAUGCAGGCUCGUGCCGAACUUUUUAGAAAAUUGUCCUGAAUUCUUUCUAAAGACGCAAAAUGGUCGGGUUACACCCACUAACCUGCAAGGGCAAAAUUAUAAAAGAAUCUGCCAGGAUUAUAGGGGAUAUGAUAGAUUUGCGACGUAUUAUGAUACCAACUGGCAUAUUCCUGUUUGGUCAGCGUACAGAUACAGAGAAACUGGUGAAGUCAGAAGAGCUGGAAUUCCAUGGAGAAUUGAACCGGAGAUCAACCAUGACCAUCAAGCUUCUAAUGCAGAUUAUAAUCGAUUAGGAAUAGAUUGGGACCGAGGUCAUCUGUAUCCUGUUCAACACACAGCCACACAAGUAGAUUGUAACGCUACAUUUGCCCUCACUAAUGCAAUACCACAGGACCGAGGACUCAACAGAGGCCAGUGGAAUGUUCUGGAACAUCGUCUUUCGGUCAUUUUGACUAAUUACUGUUUGAACAAGGGUUACAGAGCAUAUGUUGUCGUAGGAGCAGUUCCAGACAACAAUCAAAAUGAUGACAUAAACUAUUUAAAUAUACCAACCCAUAUAUGGAGUGCUUACUGUUGUGUUGAUCACAGAAACAAAGCACAGUUUUCCAGGGGUUUUAUUGUUGAGAAUAUUGGCAAUAUCACACCAAGUAAGAUGACUGUGCUUGACCUGGAGGAUGAGCUCUCUGAUCUCUAUCAGUUUAAGUUUCAAGUAUUUGGUGGGAGAUGUUGAUUAUUAAAUUCAGCAUGUUGCAUUUUUGGCUCAAGUUCUCCGCCUGAUGAGAAUACAGUCAUUUACAUCAUUGUAUUUUACCCAGAGUAAUUUAAUAAUACUGUAAGGAAUGAAUAUUUUCACACUGUUAACAUUAAACUGAAAGACAGGGGUGUAAUUUAGGAUACAAAUUAAAUGUGAAUCAGAUGAGUUGAAAUGAUCAUUUUUGCAUUUAUAUACCAAAACUAUGUAUUGCUUUCUUUUCGAUAAAAAAGAUGAUGAGAUUUUACAUGUAACAUAAUGCAUGAGCUGACAUUAGUAUUAUCCUUAAAUGAGAAAUAACAAGGAAUCUGAAUAAAUUCAUAAUCCUACAUGCAAACUAUAAAGUUAUAUAAGAAAUAUUUUUCAAAUGUAAGUGUUUUAAUAGUAGUUGCCUAUGUGGUUAAUUUUACAUAACAGAGUAAAAGCAUCACUCCAAUUUUAUAAUUUAUUCAAAUGUGUUGUCAAAUUUUAUAUUUCCAUUAUUGUGAGAUCUUUAUUCAAGCAGUUUGUUGGAAAUUCACAUUGGGAUUUCUGUUCUUCUGUACUAUAUUUAGAUCUACUCUUGAUAUUCGGUAUUGUGGCACUGCUUUCAUUGUUUGAUCUAUUAAGAUAAAUCACUUUCGUAUUUUUCCUGAUUUGUGAUUCAAGUUGAGUAAACGCAUUUGCUAAAUAAAUGCAUUGUCUAAAAUGUUUAGUGUGCGUUUUCUCUCUCUUGAC